CAUUUAAAAUUCAUCGCAAGCACACAUAUAUAUAAAGUGUACAAACCUUGAAACACAAACAUAUAGCUAACACUUAUCAUCUCACAAAAUAUCCAAUCAAAAGAUUGUACUAAUAGAAAUUAGAAAAAUGGGAGCCAUGUACCAAGAGUCCCCUUCUGAUCUUCUCCAAGACCUGAAAAUUACAAUCCGAGAUUCUUGUAUGGUUUUUCCACCCCAAGAAAGUAAAAGACAAUCUCUCUUUUUAUCAAACAUAGACCAAGUGCUCAACUUCAAUGUCCAAACCCUUCAUUUUUUUGCUUCCCAUAAAGAUUUUCCUCCUCAUUUGGUAGCUGAAAAGCUCAAAAGAACUCUUCAAAAGUUAUUGGUACCAUAUGAUUUCUUGGCAGGAAGACUGAAGAUGAAUCUUCAAACGGGGCGUUUAGAGAUUGAUUGCAACGGAGCUGGAGCUGGGUUUGUGGUGGCAUCCAGUGAUCGUAGGCUCGAAGAGCUUGGAGACUUGGUUUAUCCAAAUCCUGCAUUUCAAGAGCUAAUCCUAAAGGGCAUGGAUAUCCUGCAGGACAAACUGGAUGAUCAACCACUAUGCAUUGUCCAGGUGACAUCAUUUAGAUGUGGUGGGUUUGUAAUUGGGUUAUCAACCAACCAUACAGCCUUUGAUGGAUUAAGCUUCAAAACCUUCUUAGACAACCUAGCUGCUGUAGCCGCCGACAAGCCCUUAGCCGUCAACCCGUGUAACGACAGGCAACUCCUAGCCGCUCGGUCUCCGCCACGCGUCACAUUUCCCCACCCAGAACUCCUCAAACUCAACAAUUCUCCACUAGGCCAAGAAUCGAAGGCUGCAGUGUUUGACGUGUCCAAAGAAGCACUAGACUUCAAGAUUUUCCAGCUGACCUCUGGGGACAUAUCCGGCCUCAAAGAAAAGGGCAAAAGACAUGCGAAUGGUCGCGUUUCAGGCUUCAACGUAGUAACAGCCCACGUUUGGAGGUGCAAGGCCUUGUCGUAUGAAGAUAAUAAUAAUCUCGAAAGGGUUUCGACAAUUCUUUACGCUGUGAAUAUAAGGCCGAGAGUGAUGCCUGCAUUACCAGACUCAUACGCCGGAAAUGCGGUUUUAACAGCUUAUGCAAGUGCAAAGUGUAAAGAGCUUGAAGAAGGGCCGCUUUGGAGAGUGGUAGAGAUGGUAGCAGAAGGAGCAAAGAGAAUGACAGAUGAGUAUGCAAAAUCAGCCAUAGACUGGGGAGAGAUAAACAAAGGAUUCCCAAAUGGAGAGUUUUUGGUAUCUUCAUGGUGGAGAUUAGGGUUUGAAGAAGUGGAGUAUCCAUGGGGUUGCCCUAAGUAUAGUUGCCCUCUUGUUUAUCACAGGAAAGACAUUAUUUUGCUAUUUCCAGAUCCUGUUGAUAAAAAUGGUGUCAAUGUCUUGGUGGCCCUUCCCUCCAACCAAAUGAACAAGUUUGAAAGCCUCUUCCACAAAUUCUUAAUUAUAUAGUUAUUCUUCAAAUUAAUUAAAUUACAUAUACAUAUAUAUAUGUAACUCAAGUUUGGUUUGCACUUGAAGACUAUUAUUACAUAUACAUGGAUUAAUGAAUUUUAUGCAUAAACAAUACAGAGGCCACAUCCUAAGAUAAGAUUUAGCUGUACUAGAUAUUUUUUUUCUUUUCUUUGAGCUAUCUUUUAGCGUUUUGAAUAAAAUUUCAUUUUGGAAGCCAA